GCAAGCAGCCCUCAUGAAGCAGAUGCUGAUUGAGCAGAGGGCCCAGCUGCACGCGAUGGAGCAGCAGAAGCAGCAGUUUCUACGGGAGCAAAGGCAGCAGCAGCAGCAGAUCCUGGCGGAGCAGCAGUUGCAGCAGCAGUCGCAUUUGCCUCGGCAGCACCUCCAGCAGCAGCGGAACCCAUAUCCAGUGCAACAGGUCAAUCAGUUUCAAGGUUCUCCACAGGAUAUGGCAGCGGUGCGGAACCAGGCCGCUCUGCAGAGCAUGAGGACGUCGCGAAUGAUGGCUCAGAACACGGGCAUGAUGGCCCUGGGGCCCUCCCAGAACCCAAGCACGCUGCCCACAACAGCGGGCCAGUCGGACAUGGGCAUGACCCCCUACACCAACGCCUCCUCCAGCCAGCCGGGAAUGUACAGCAUGAGCACAGGCAUGAGCCAAAUGUUGCAGCACGCAAACCAAAGUGGUAUGAACAUGGCACAUGGCGCAGGCCAGGGAGCGAGGCAGCCUGCCUCUGCACAAGCGGUGGGAAUGGUCAACAACUUUGGUCAGAACGUGCUGGUAAACUCUGCUCUUCCUCAACAUCAACAGCAGAUGAAAGGACCUGUGGGCCAGGUCUUACCCAGGCCACAAGCACCACGGCUUCAAAACCUGAUGGGGACUGUCCCUCAGGGAACACAAAACUGGCCGCAGCGAGGCUUGCAAGGCCUUCCCGGAAGGACUAGCAGUGAAAUGGGGCCUUUCAAUAACGGUACCACGUACCCAAUGCAGCCUGGGCAGCCAAGGCUGUCCAAGCAACAUUUUCCACAGGGACUUAAUCAGACAGUGGUGGACGCUAGCGGGACAGUAAGAGCCCUGAACCCAGCAAUGGGGAGACAACUGCUGCAACCACUACCUGGGCAACAAGGAAGCAGCCAGGCCAGGCCGAUGGUUAUGCCUGCAGUAGGCCAGGGGGUCCCUGCUAUGCCUGGAUUUAGUCAGCCUCCUACACAGCAGGUGCCAGGCGGCAGCUUUGCUCAGAGCAGCCAAGCCCAGGCCUACGAGAGGAAUCCCACUCAGGACUUAUCGUACAAUUACAGUAGUGAAGGAGCAGGGGGGUCAUUCUCCAGUUUAGGAGAGGGCACGGACCUUGUGGACUCCAUCAUUAAGAGCGGACCAGGGGAUGAGUGGAUACAAGAAUUGGAUGAGUUGUUUGGAAACCCCCAAUGAACAGGCUUGUAUAGUCUGGAGCUUUGGUUGUUACUUU